UCUCCAGUCAGACUCUCGUUACAGCAGACGAUCGGGACUCGGCUCUGACCCAGCGGGGGUGAAACCUCAACAAGAAGGUCAGAAGUCAAGAGGAAGAACUAAACCUAAAACCUGAAAUCUGACCUGACUUAACCUGGUGGUACUUGGUGGGGUGAUGGAGAUGUUAAACGGAGGCUCCAAACCCAACACGGGCACCUGCACCCCCACGAAAGUGGCGCUUAUCAUAUCGGUGUGCUUUUGCCUCGCUCUGCUGAUUGCUGUCAUCGCAGUGUCACAGAAAACAGGAAAUGGAGAAUUCUGCCUCACGCCGGAGUGCAUUGAAGCAGCUGGUUCCAUCCUAAGCAAGAUGGACCUCGCCGUCAACCCAUGUGACGAUUUCUACCAGUAUGCCUGCGGGGGCUGGAUCAAGGAGCACCCCAUUCCGGAAGAUUCCUCCAGCUACGGGAUCUACCCCUGGCUCAGACAGAACGUGGACCUGAAACUUAAAGAGCUGCUGGAACAGCCCACGACGGAGGGGGACAUUGAGGCGGUGAAGAAGGCCAAGGUGCUCUACCGCUCCUGUAUGAAUGAGACUGCUUUGGAGGUGCUGGACGCCAAGCAGUUACUGAAGGAGUUGAAGAAGCGUGAGUUCCGCUGGCCCGUGCUGGGUGAUGCGCUGGGUGUGGACGUGCACUGGGAUGAGAGGAAGUUCGACCUGUUACAGACGCUGGCUCAGAUCCGCACUCAGUACAGCAAGUCUGUCCUGCUACGUCUGUACGUCUCACCGGACGACAAGAACUCCCAGCAGUAUGUCAUCAAGCUCGAUCAGGCAUCCUUGGCUUUAUCCCGAGAUGAUUACAUCAGUAACAGCACCGAGGCUCAGACAAAUCGAGAGGCUCUGCUCAGGCUCAUGGUGGACAUAAGCGUCAUGCUGGGAGCCGACACAAUAACUGCUGAGGGGCAGAUGAAAGCCGCGCUUGAAUUCGAGAUGAAACUUGCUCAGAUCACGAUUCCUUUCGAGAACCGGACCAGUGAGAACAUGUACAACAAAUACAGCCUGUCCAAACUUCAGCGCACCAUUCCAGAGUUCAACUGGCUCAAUUUCGUGAAAGCGACGAUCGACUCUACCCUGUAUCCAGACCUGUCCAUCUCAUCCUCUGAGCCGGUGAUCAUACGUGCUCCUCAGUACAUGAAGGACCUCUUUAAACUCAUCGGUAACACCGACAGCAGGACAUUGGCCAACUAUGUUGUGUGGAGGUCCAUCCUGUCCAGGGUCACGACGCUUAGUAGACGUUUCCUUUACAGAUAUCUCGACUUUGCUCGAGUCACAACCGGUACGACGUCUCUUGCUCCUCGCUGGGACAAGUGUGUGAAUUACGUGGAAGGGACGCUCAUGUAUGCCACCGGACGCCUCUUCGUUGAUAAGCACUUCCAGGAAGACAAGAAGCACAUGAUGGAGGAGCUGAUUAAGGGGAUCCGGUGGGCCUUUAUUGACAUGCUGAAGAAAGAAAAUGACUGGAUGGACGCAGAAACAAAGACAAAAGCGAUAGAAAAGGCGCAUGCUGUCUUGCCCAAAGUGGGUUACCCUGAGUUCAUAUUGAACGACACAUACAUCAACGAAGACAUCAAACAGUUGUCAUUCUCCGAGAACGACUACUUCGGAAACGUGAUGCAGACGUUGCGUUUUAUCGCACAGUCAGACAUCGGCUGGCUCAGAAAGACCGUACCUCGUACAGAGUGGUUCACCAACCCUACAACCGUCAAUGCCUUCUACAGCUCUUCCACCAAUCAGAUUAGGUUUCCAGCAGGAGAGCUUCAGAAGCCAUUCUUCUGGGGUUCAGAUUACCCUAGAUCUUUAAGCUAUGGAGCCAUUGGUGUCAUUGUCGGACACGAGUUGACUCAUGGUUUCGACAACAACGGUCGGAAGUAUGACAAGGAUGGGAAUCUCAACCAGUGGUGGAGCAAUGCUUCGGUCGCUCACUUCAACGACAAGACCCAGUGUAUGAUUGACCAAUACAACAACUACUACUGGAAAGUGGCAGGACUAAAUGUGAAAGGGAAGAGGACUCUGGCGGAGAACAUAGCCGAUAAUGGAGGAAUACGAGAAGCUUUUAGGGCUUACCGGAGGUGGAUUGAGAAGGAGAGGUCUGGAGCGGAGGAACCGUCGUUACCAGGGGUGGGGCUGAGCAACAACCAGCUGUUCUUCCUCAGUUAUGCUCAUGUACGCUGUGAUGCCCACAGACCAGAAGCAGCACGAAAUCAGAUCCUCAGUGGAGCUCACAGCCCUCCUAAAUACAGGGUUGUCGGUGCCAUGAGUAACUACGAGGAGUUCCGCGAAGCCUAUAACUGCCCCGAGAUGUCGAUCAUGAACAGAGGGGCGGAGUCCUGCCGGGUGUGGUAGCAUUAAAAAAAGAAGGUAGAAGAAUCUGUAAACAUGGGCCAACAGUGGUUGACCUUGACAUUGGUACUGAAUGGCAAUGCCCAUGCUGGACCAUCUGAUCAAAGGUCCUUUGGAACACACGGAGACUCAAAGUGUCCGUCUACUGUCUGUUUUCUUUUCAUGACGUUCUGUCCGCUGCUGUUUGAUGGACUUCACGCCCGGAGUGCCAAGGCGGGGAAACAACAGGGAGUGACUCCGCCCGGCGAUCAGCAAUCAGACUGUACGCAACCGCUAUUGUAAAAUACCCUGAUCUGAUCACACCAGCUGCAUUGUUGCAUCAUGUAUAAAAAAUCAGCCUGAUACUAUGAUUUGCUAAAGGCAACAUUGCAUUACAUGAGCAGUGCCAGGUUUAUAAGACCUUACGUUGAAUUUGAUUUUUAUAAAUGGAAUAUUAAAUGUG